AUGACCAAAUUUGUCUCGGUAUUUGCAGCUAUCUUUGCGCUUUUCGCAUGGUUCAACAUGGCCGCCUCCGCUGAAUUGCCCGAAAACCCACCAAUUACUCACAAGGUAUUCUUCGACAUUGAGCAAGACGGAAAGGCCUUAGGCAGAAUCACCAUUGGCUUGUUUGGUACCAUUGUCCCAAAAACCGUUGAGAACUUCAGACAAUUGGCUAUUUCCGAGGACCCUAAGUUUGGCUACAAAAACUCCAUUUUCCACAGAGUGAUCCCUAGCUUCAUGCUUCAAGGUGGAGAUUUCGAGACUGGCCAAGGCUACGGUGGCAAGUCCAUUUACGGCGGCAAGUUUGACGAUGAGAACUUCCAAUUGAAGCACGACAGACCAUACAGAUUGUCGAUGGCCAAUGCAGGCAAGAACACCAACGGCUCUCAAUUCUUCAUCACCACUGUAGUCACCUCUUGGUUGAAUGGUGGUCACGUUGUUUUCGGCGAGGUUGUCGACGGCUUCGAUGUUGUUGACACCAUUGAGAAGACCAAAACCACUGGUGCCGACAGACCAAAGUUGGAGGUGAAGAUCGUCAACUGUGGUGAAUUGCCAGUUACUCCAGUCAAGGACGAGCUUUAA